GGCCAGGGUCUGCCUGCCCAAGGCUUUCUGAGGGCUGAGCCUCCUUGGGCUGGUAAUCCGUGGAGGAAAUUUCUUCCUGUCCUUUCUCCUUUGUUGCCCCCACUGGACUGUGCCCAGCACCUGUUCCUUGGGUGAGUCCAGGCAGAGAAGGACAAGCUUCGAGGCAAGGCUGGAAGCUCAGAGGUUGAGGUCCGGAGAGGACACGUUUGUGCCAAAGCCAUGGUGAAGAACAUGGAUGAUCUUGACUUCUGUCUCCAGUCACAUCCCCAGGAUAUCCUGGAGGGGCUGCGGGCCUUCCGCGCCCACUCCAAGCUGUCGGACGUCACCCUGCUGGUCGGCAGCCAGGCAUUCCCAUGCCACCGCAGCCUCCUCGCCCUCUGCAGCCCCUACUUCCAUGCCAUGUUUGCAGGGGACUUUGCGGAGAGCAUCGCCGCCCAGGUGGAGCUCCCAGAUGUGGACCCUGCCACGAUGGGGCUGCUGUUGGACUUUGUAUACACUGGCAGGCUCACCAUCAACCAGGACAACGUGGAAGCUCUGACUCAGACUUCCAACCGACUCCAUUUCCCUGCCGUGCAGAAAGUGUGCAGCCGCUAUCUGCAGCAACAGAUAGACGUCACCAACUGCUUGGGCAUCUGUGACUUCGGGGAGCGCCAUGGCUGCCCAGAGGUGUCCUCCAAGGCCUGGUCCUUCCUGCAGGAGAACUUUGAGGCUGUGUCUCAGGAAGAGGAGUUCCUGCAGCUGCCCAAAGACAGGCUGGCCGCCUACCUGGCCAAUGAGCUGCUCCAGGUUCGGGAGGAGCAGAGCCGGGCCGAGGCCCUGCUCAGGUGGGUGAGGUACGAGGAGGAGACCAGGGCCUGCUACCUGCCUGAGCUUCUGGACCUGGUGCACCUGGUUUCUCUCCCUGAUCAAUUCCGGCAGCACCUGCUCUGCACUGAACCUUUGACUCGGGCUUCUGAGGCUUGUAAGGCAGUGAUCUCCCAGCACCAGAGCCCGUCUUCGAUGAUGCUUCCUCAGAAGCUGGAGGAAGUUCUGGUGAUAGUAGGGGGGCGAGCCCUGGAAGAUUCAGAGGAUGAAGAAAAUCAUGAGGAGCCUCUGCCUAUCUCCAGGAACUGUGCCUUCUACAACACAAAGUCUAAAUGCUGGACAGCCCUUCCCGAUUUCCCCGACUACCAAAAAUGGGGCUUUUCGCUCGUGGCGCUGAACAAUGAUAUUUAUGUCACAGGUGGUUCCCGGGGUAGCAAGAUCGACACUUGGUCCACAACCCAGGCCUGGUGCUUUUCACAGAAAGAAGGCAUCUGGAAACUUAUUGCACCGAUGUUGAAAGCCCGCACCAACCACGCCAGUGCUGCACUCAAUGGAGAGGUCUACGCCAUUGGGGGUACCACCAUGGAUGUGGUAGAGGUAGAAAGCUACAACCCUUACAACAACAGUUGGUCGGUCAUCAGUCCGGCACUGAAGUACGUGAGUAAUUUCUCUGCCGUCGGCUGCCAUGGGAGGCUCUACCUUGUGGGCUCCUGCGCCUGCAAAUACAACGCGCUGACCCUGCAAUGCUAUAACCCCCUCACAGAAGUUUGGAGUGUGAUUGCCUCACCUUUCAUCCCAAAGUACCUCUCUUCCCCUCGCUGUGCAUCUCUGAAUGGGGCCAUCUAUCUCAUUGGGGACAACACCAAGAAAGUCUACAUGUAUGAUCCUGAAGCCAACGUGUGGCACAAGGUUCAGCUCCUUCACAGCCUGCAUGAGAACGGCGGGAUGGUGUCCUUGGGAGACAAGCUCUAUGUGACAGGUGGUCGCUGGCAGGGCAUGGAAGGGGACUACCGGGUAGAGAUGGAGGUGUAUGAUGGCACUAAGGACGUCUGGACACGGGAAGGGGCCCUGCCCUGCCUCUGGCUUUAUCACAGCUCUUCCUCCAUUUUCAUGGACGUCUCCAAGUGGACAGAGCCCUUUGUGAGGAGCUAAGGGUCCUCGGGGCUCAGACCUGUUCUUCCAUUGUCCUCCGCUAAAGCUCGGCUGCCAGCAGGGGCGUCGAUGGGAGCCCUCCUCGAGUCCACCGGGUUUGGACAUCGUCGGCGUUCAAGUUUCUGAUCCUUCCUGCUUCCCGGGGCUGGAAGCCUUGAAGGCAAGGGGGAGAUACCCACUAGUUCCCAAGGAAAUUUUGAAUGUGACUGCCCCUGGUUGCUUUAUUGUUGCUAUUAUCAUUUUGUUUACAUUAUUUAGGCCCACUUCUGACAUAUGCUAAUUGGGUAACCCUGGGCAAAUACAAAAGGAGGUAGCCUUAAAGGGUGGUGGUGUGCUUAAAGAGAACCCCGGAUUAGAUUCAGAAUCUGGGUUUGCCAUUGAGUAAUUGGGGGUGGGGAGCUGCAGAUAGAAGGCAAGGGGACCUGGAGCCCAGCCGCACCCCUAAAUGCUUCUUCUCUGAGCUUCAAUUUCCUCAUCUGUGCAGGCUAAAUAAGAUAAUGCCCAGACUCUAUGAAAUGGCCACCUUGCCAGCCUGGGGCUCAGUUUCUCCACUUAAGGCAAUCACCAAGGUCUCUUCCAAAUCCAAGAGCUUGUGAGUCUUUCUCUAGGACAUUGGGCCAGUGAUUUCCCAUAUCUGAGGUCCUGUUUUCUCAUCUGUAAAAUGAAGGAAUGGGUUCACAUCAUCUAAGGUCCUUCUCCCACUUCCCUCUAACAGUCUGUGAUUCUGGGGAUCACUAUUCCCAAACUCCAGUAAUAAGUCUGACUUAAGAAGGAUGCUUCCUACACUAAUGCCCUAUAAAGUCUAGUCUAGACACAUCCCCAAGUGAGAGCUACACAACCUCUCCCUAGCUUCAAUGGUUUUCUGCUCCUUACAGUCAAGAGCAGCAUUCUACUAUUGUUGCUGAUUCCCUAGAGCCUCAUACAAAACCUGGUAUACAGUAGGUGCUUAAGAAAUGCUUUUGGGAUUGGACUGGACAAGGCUUAGUAAGAAAGAAGCACGCUUACCUAGUGGAGAUAGGUGGUGGUUUUAUGGAAUUCCAUUAUAGCAGAUGGCGGCCUCGGUGAAUUGAGUCAUGUACUGGCUGAGUGACCCUGUACAAGUAAUUGCAUUCUUAUGAGAGGCAGUUCUACACCCACAAAGACAGUCAAAUAGCGGUCUUCUCAUGAGACAGAUCAAAUAAGAUCAGAAGAGUGAAACGCUUUGUAAAUGUGAGAGCGCUUAAGACCCGCCAGCUACCGUGCCAUCUUCCUCUGCUUCAUUUUACAUUGGUUGGCCAUCACCAGAAAUAGUCUGGGGAGAAGCUGCUCUUCUCCAAAUGUCUUUUUAAAUUAUCAUUUUUUCAAGAUUCUGAACUUUAACACCAGAAAAGGAGCAUUUCCACAGAAACAUCAGAACACAAACAAGGAUGGCAGAUGGACCCACAGUUCUGCUUGCUUUAAAAUAAAUAAAUUCUACAUACUACUUUCAAGAUUGU